AUGCCGUUCAAGCGCUACGUUGAGAUUGGCCGCGUGGCCCUCAUCAACUACGGGCCUGAGUUCGGCAAGCUGGUAGUCAUCACUGAUGUUAUUGACCAGAACAGGGCUCUCGUGGACUUCCCCGACCAGGAGCGCCGUGUGGUAAACUUCAAGCGCCUGGCGCUUACAGACUUCAAGGUGGAUAUUAAACGCCAUGCGCCAAAGAAGGACCUGAAGAAGGCCCUUGUUGAGGCUGACGUGGUCGCCAAGUUCAAGGCGUCGUCUUGGGGCCAGAAGCUGGCCAAGCAGGCGGCAAAGGCCGAGAUGACGGACUUCGACCGCUACAAGGCCACCGUCGCCAAGGCCAAGAAGGCCCGUGCCGUUCGCAAGGUCUUCAACAGCCUGAAGAAGUCGGCCAAGUAA